CAGUCUGCCCUCAGAUAGACCACCCGGUUGCACACUGAAGCUCACUGGACUCUAUUUCGGAGCUUUCAAAUAAUCUGGACAGGACCUUGAAUUCCUGUUGGAGUGGUUUGGCUUUAGUUUGAUUUGAUUUUUGGUGGCAGGACCUCUUUCUGUCCUGUUUGACUCUUGUUCUUUUACAUUCACUGCUGUGCUGGAAUUUCAUCCCGCUGUGAAUGCUGAAGUUGGCGGGCGACCCUCAGAAAACAGGAGGUGAAGUGGUAACCAUGUGGAUCCCGACCCCCAGCAUGACUCGCCCUCAGCGUCUGGUGCUCUAUGGGACGUGUGUUGUGGCGUUGAUGAACUCUGUGGGCCUUAUGGUGCUCUUGGUCCAGCAGAAUCAGCAACGCGCCUUUCUGGAGCAGACGGAGGCAAAGCUGACGGAGGUGGAGCAGAGCUCGGUGGUGGAGUUCCUCCAGGAGGUGCCGAGAGGAGCGGCGGGGCUGAGGGCGAGCGCUGGGGAACACCAGCAAAACCAGUAUCAGUACCAGUACUCCAGGAACAAGAGAAGUGAAGAGCUGGAGAAGGAGAUCCAGCAGGAGAUGCAUCAGGAGGAGGGACAGGAGGUCCAUCAGCAGGAGGCCAGCCAGGAGGUGGGAGAGGAAGCGGAGAAGAAGAUGAAGAAUGAGAUGAAGCACAAGCACCGACACGGCCAGAGUUACCACAAAGCACACGUGCAGGAUGACAUGAUGAUGAUGAUGACUUACUCCAUGGUCCCGAUCAAAUUGUUGAUCGACAUUUGCAACAGCACCAAGGGAGUCUGCAUCGCUGGACCACCAGGACCGCCUGGUUUGCCCGGUGUGGACGGUCUUCCCGGCCACAAUGGGACUGAUGGCAUCCCCGGACUAAAUGGACUGCCCGGGGCUGAUGGGAAAAGAGGAAAAAAAGGUGAGAAAGGAGAACCGGGUGAAAAAGGAGAGCGAGGAGAGGCUGGUCUGCCCGGAGAGAAGGGACAACCGUCCAAUGACGUCAUUAUUCAGGGUCCCCCUGGCCCUCCUGGCCCCCCAGGACCUCCUGGCCCUCAGGGGCCUUCCAGAACAAGGCACCACAGAGCCAACCUUCAGGCUGCUCAUUCCCUGGGGCUCUUACACGCAAUUCCAAAUGAUGAAACCUCAUCUGCAAAGGAGGCUGUGAAACUCCACGAGACUCCUGCUAAGAAUAACGAGUGCCUGAUUAAGUCUCUGAUCAACCCCAGGAAUGUGACGAAGAUGGAGAGCACAUUCGGCACGUGGAUGAAAGACACCGCUUGGCUGAACGAUGAGAGAAUUUGGGUUGCGGAACACUUUUCUGGUCGUGUGGUGAAGGAGUAUCAAAGCAUUACCUCGUUCCACAACAGCAGCAGCGAUGUGGAUGUUAGAAAGUUCUACCAAGGCUGCGGCCACACUGUUCACAACGGUUCCUUCUAUUAUCACAUCGCCGGUACCUCCAGCAUUGCCAGAUUUGACUUCCUCACCAAGAGGCUUCACACUCUCACUAUAGACAACGCUCUGCACCACAACCUGGCCUACCUGCUCCACAACUCCAAAACCUACUUCAAACUGGCGGCAGAUGAGAACGGCUUAUGGCUGAUCUUCGCCUCCAGUGUGGAUGAGAGCAUCACAGUGGGCCAGCUGGACCAGAAAACCUUCUCCGUCGCGUCCUACGUAAACACCACCUACCCCCGCACCAAGGCCGGCAACGCCUUCAUCGCCUGCGGGGUCCUGUACGUCACCGACAUCAAGGACACCAGAGUCACUUUCGCUUUUGACCUGCUGAAGGGGAAGCCGGUCAAUGUGACCUUUGACCUGAGGUCUCCAGGUGGCGUGCUGGCGAUGCUCUCCUACAGCCCGAAGGACAGACACCUGUAUGUGUGGGACCACGGCUACGUCAGGCUCUACGUGGUCCACUUCAUCUCCGACGAGUGACGGACAGACAACAUGCAGACAUGACUGUUAAAUAGUGAGAACUGGUGCUGACUAGUGGGCUACCAACUACUCAAUCCAUCUUUGGGAACUGCUCAUAUUUAGAUUUUCAAGAGAAAUAUACACUUCAGUCUCAACUUUAUCUUCCUGUAGAGCAUUCCCGUCAGAAAUCGGUUGCUAAAAACCAGUGUCCCUGAAGGAGUUUUUGGUCAAUAAUUAUUGUCACAUUGUUAAAGUUAAAUACUGCUGUAUUUAUAUCCUAUUGUACAUGUGAGAUUUUGGAGUAACUAACAGAGUGUAAACUUUUUUUUAUCAUUUUGUAUCAAACAGUUCAUAAUUUAUACAUAUUGAACUUCUAAACUCUAUGUUUGUGGCCGUCUGUGUUGUAAGUUGUCACAUUAUUUAGUGAAUUUGCAUGAUAUUAUCUUUUAUGUAUUUUUAUAUUGAUGCACAUGUUGUCGCCCUCUGAUAUUCUGUACAUAUAGACAGUCCGCCUGUCGUUGUAAUGAAGCAGCAUGGUCCCUGCUGGUCGCUCAUUCCUUCUCGACAGAAAAUUACAAAAAAACAACAGCGCCAAAUCAGCCUGAUGAAAUAAAAAGAAUUUAUUGACUUUACAAAGGUAAAACUCUGACCAUGACCUGUUCUCUCACACACCUCCAGGCUCAAGUGCCCUAGUAAGCGUCUACCCAUGAUAUUGGCUUCUUUUGCAUUAUUUCAUGCACACAUACCAGACACCAGUAGGACCAUUGUAAAACACGUAAGCUACAUACAGUACACAUAGUGGGCCGAAAGUGGGAGAGAAACACAAAUCUCUUUAAUAAAUACCAUACACACACUUAACAAAAGAUACAACUAAUCCGGCUGGUAUGAUACAAA